GGCCGCGCCAUGGGGGCCGAGCGGGAGGCGCGGGCCUGCGCCGCCUUCUACGGGGCGCUGGGGCACGGCGGGCCGGGGGGGUCCGCGCUCCGCUGCCUGCGCAGCCUCCGGCUCUUCGCCGGGAGCACCGCCAAGAGAUGCCGGGACAAGCACCUGGAGGAGGCCCUGCUGCUGGCGCGGGCGCUGAGCGAGGAGCUGCGGGCACUGGGCGAGGCGGAGGCACGGCCGCUGCUGCGCUGCGUCCUGGCUUUCCAGCUGGAGGCGAGCGGCAGCUCCAGCGCCUUCCACAAACUGGAGCAGAUCGUGACCCAGCUGGCGGUGGGCCAGGAGGCCCUGCUGUCCCAGGAGGUGGGCGCGCUGCUGGCCAGCCUGGCGCCGCACGGAGAGGUGCUGUCUCCUGAGGACCUCCAGGCAGUGUGCAUGUUCAUCGAGGAGAGCAGCUUGGGCCGGGACCACUGGCGACAGAACCUGGCCCCGCUGCUGCAGCGCCUGGCAGCCACCUUGCGCUGGGUGCUGCAGAGCCAGCUGGCACCAAGCAGCACCUGGGGCUACCUGGCCGUCAAGGCCUGCCUCCAGCUCUUCCAGGCGCUGCCGAAGGACGUGGCCCCUCUGGCAUGGAGUGCAGCAGCAAAGAGUGAAACCCUGCAGAGCAUCCUGGGGCUGCUGCUGGAGGUGGUGGCAGGGAAGGUCCCGAACAAGGACAUGCAGCUGCUGGCAGGCACUGCGCUGAGCAUGCUGGUGAACACAGCCCCGCAGCCCCAGAGCGGGGCCAGCGCCGCACUGACCCUCUUCCAGCUAACUGACCAAGGUGUAGGGGAGCUGAGGUUUGGGGAGCUGGUGGUAGAAAACCCCAGAGUCUUGGAUGCAGCUGGGCUGGAGAGGCUGGUGCUGAGCAGAGGCCUGCUGACGUGCUGCAAGGCAGACAUCCUCAGCUGUCAGCUGGACAGCCUCACCCAACAGGCGUGCCUGCUGCUGGACGUGCUCUUCCCCGCUGUACGUGCCCUGAACAAGGAGCAGAAGGACUGCCACUACUACUGCUUCCAAGUCCUGGCGCUGUGGCUGCGGCGCCUGCAGGAGAACCUGCCUGAGCUCUGGCGCCUGCGGGGGGGCCGCAUCCUGGCAGAGGACACCGAGCUGCUCCAGCAGCUCACCCAGCUGGUGUGGGACAACGCUGAGACCCCGGUGGAGGGGGUGUCCGAGUUCAUCCAGAGCUCCUUUCGACUGCUCCUGGAGAUCUACGACCUCGAGUGCCAGCACUUCAAGGACCAGGAGAGACCCCUCUAUCGACACAUGCUGCAGAGGGCGGUCUCGAUGCCGUGGCAGAUCAAGGCCAGAUACGUGCCCCUGUGUGCCAUCGUCCCCUACGUGGGCAGCCAGCAGGUGCUGAACACGUACCUGGACCUGCCGCAGCACCUCCUGAACUGCUUGGCCACCAACCACCUGUGCCCCGUGGCCACCGAACUCUACAGGGUGCUGGUACAGCAGCAGCGCUCCGAGGGAGCAGGGGGCACAGAGGAGGCCCUGGCUGAGCGGUGGGCACAGCGCUGGCUGCCCCUGCUGUGCCAGGCGCUCCGCUCGCCCCUGCCCAUCCUGCAGAGCAACGCUGCCAACCACCUCCUUGCCUGGACGCUGCGGCAGCUCCCGGCCACCCACGCACUGCUGGCUGCCCAAUUUGAUGGCCAGGAUGCAGCCGCGCUCCGGGCCUGGGUGUCGCUGCUGCGGGCACAGAAAAGCAUCGUGGGGACCCUGCCCCUGCAGGGCGAGGCGCUGGCACGGCUCCGCACCUGCCUGCGGGCCCGCGAGGAGGGCGUGCGGCUGGCGGCGCUGGGCCUCCUGUGCUGCAGCCCCAGCAGCGGGCAGGCCCUGUCGGGCACCGAGGAGCAGCUGCUGCGGGAGUUCCUGCCCCUCAACCUCACCGGCGACACCUCUGCCUUCCGGCAGCUGCUGCAGGCAGCCGUGAGGAAGGCGCUGGUGCGGCUGCGGGACAGCGCGCUGGCCCGGCUGCGAGGGAAGGUGACCGUGGAGCCGGGAGAGGAAGCGGGGCAGCCAGACCAGGCUGUAGGCUUUGUGGAGUGGCUGCUGCAGCUCAGCGUCUCCUCACUAACCCCCGGGGCCAACUACCAGAGGAAGAAGACGGCUCUGCUCCUCCUGGCUGCCAUUCUGGAGACCUGCACGGACACCUGGAGCCCCGAGAGGAAGAAGGGCCAGCCCCCACGGACCAUGGCUGCGCUGCUGAGCCACGCCAGGCAGAACGGCUGCUGGGACUUCUUCUCUCGGCCCAACUUGUUGGCGCUGCUGAGCUGCCUGCAGGACAGCACCAACGAGAUCAGAGACCUGGCCUCAGAGCUGCUCGUCCGCUACUUCCCCGCAGCGUUCCCCUCCUCUCUCACCCCAGCGCUGCUCCAGCUGGCCCAGGACGCCCUCAGCAGCCCCCGUGUGCAGGAAGCUGAAGCUGGAGCCGUGCUGAUGAAGACGAUCCUACAGAAGUCAGAUGGCAGCACCAUGAAGAUCCUGGCCCUGGAGACCGAAGCAGCCCAGACACCACCAAACCAUGGCCUGUGCUUCGCCCAGCACCUCCUGCGGAUGCUGCAGGCCCAGCACGCCGCGGCUCGGCAGGACCUGCUGCGGGCAGCAGCCGUGGCACCAAUGCACGGUGUGAUCGCAGCCCUGCGGAGGUGCCUGCUGCAGGUGCCAGAGGUGGCUGCCUCCAUGCGGGCGGCAGAGUCGGCGCAGAGCUGGCAGGAGUUCCUCACCGGCCUCGUGACUACCGCGAGGGACAUCACCUCCCUCCUGCUGGGUGCUCUGCAGAGCCCCGGUGCUGACGAGCAAGCAGCCGCCCCAUCGUUUGCAGACAUGGGGAACGCGAUCGGCUCCCUCAUCACGCUGGGGAAGGGGCAGCAGGAGGAGGAGGAGGACUCAGUCCUGCUGUCAGAGGAACACAGCCUGAUCCUGACCUGCUGCUGGGUGUCGGUGAAGGAAAUUGGGCUGCUGCUGGGAGGCCUGGCCGAGCUGCUGCUGCUGCCGGUGCUGCCCAGCGGAGUGGGGCCCCUCCUGACGCUUGCCAGCUUACAGACGGCCGCGAGGGUGUUCCAGGAGAUCCUGCUGAGGUGCCGGCACUGGGGAGCAGUGGAGGGCUGCAGCAUGGGCUUCACCAAGUUUUGUGCUGCUCUGCUGAACCACCCCGACACGGAGCUGCGGGCGAUCCCACAGACCAUGCUGGACCAGGGGUUAGAAGCACUGAGCGGACCCCGGAGCAGCUCGAUAACGCGCCGUGCUGCCGGCUUCCCCAUGCUCUUCCUCUGCAUCGUCAGUGGGGAAAACCCAGCCCAGGCCCGGCCGCUCCUGACCCGCUGCAUCCAGACCCUGCUGGCCUUGGCCUCCACGGCCCUGCCCCAGGACUGGGACCAGACCCUCGACCUCCCACAGGUGUGUGCCCUGCACGUGCUGCAGACGCUGGUUCGUGGAGCAGGGCUGGGCAGUGCACUGCUGCGGCACGCCACGCCGAUGGUGGCCCUGGCGCUGCAGGGCCUGGGGUCGCCUUGCUGGGCCAUGAGGAACGCGGCCAUCCAGCUCUUCAGCGCUCUCACCAGCCGGCUGCUGGGCCAGAAGCGGAGCCGUGCCGAGGGCUGCCCCGCGGAGGGGCUGAGCCUGCCCGCCUUCCUCGGGCAGCACCCGCAGCUGGGUGCCGUGCUGCUGGCCGAGCUGGGGGCGGCCACAACGGGGGGGCCCUGCCUGCGCCCCGCGCUCCACGCUGUCCUCACGCUGCUGGCCCAGCUGCAGCCUGGCCCCGAUGGCCCUGACAGCCCCUCUGCUCGCUUCCUGGAGCCUCUGCUGGGGCUGGCGGCGAGCCCCAUCUACGCUGUGCGAGCCAUGGCCGCCAAGGCACUGGUGCCCGUUGUCCCACCGCCCCAGCGCCCGGCGCUCCUCCUGCGGCUGGCCCAGCAGCUCCCCGUGCCCGGAGGGGUCUGCUCGCACAACGCCCUGCACGGGCACCUGCUGCAGAUGCGGGCUCUGCUGGCCCCCACCACAGGAUCCGAUGGGCUGCCCGCCGAGGCGCUGCGCCCCGUGGCUCUGCAGCUGGAGGCCCGGGGCUGGCUGCUCACCCCCGCCCAGCGCUGCCCGCUCGUCCGCGCUGCCUUCCUGCAGGUCCUCGCCCUCCUGCCCGCCUCCCUCAGCCCUGGCUUCAUGCAGAGCAUCCGAGAAGCCAUCAGCGCCGAGCUGGGCAGCCUCACGCUGGGGAAGGAGCCGCGGUGUGCCGAGCUGCAGGUGGGCUCAGCUGUCCUUCACCAAACCAUGGCCCGCUUCACGUGCAGCGAGGCCGCACGGCUGGCCGACAGCGAGAGGAUCGGCGCUGUUUGCUCGCUUCUCCGGCAGCCGAAUCCCGACGUCCAGCUUGCCGUCCUCAGCUGGGUGGUCGAAGGGGAGGGAGAAAAGUGCAAGGGGCUGGAGAAGGCUCUCCGGCUGACGCUGCUGGAGAACUUACAGUCUGUGCUGCGAGACAGAAGGAACAAAGAGUUCCUGAAAUUGUACCUUGAGGCUUUGAUGCAUCUUUGCAGAAACCCCUCAUCUUGGUCCCAGGAAGCUUCCCCUAAGCUCCAGGGCUCCUCCUCAGCAUGCGUGGAAAUGCUGCUCCUCAUGAUGGAGACGGAGCAUCCUGGCCCAGACCUCCUCUUCCAGGCUCUGUGUGCCGCCAGCCUGCUGCUCGCCCUCGGGUUUGGGGAUGAGGACAGCCCGCUGGUGUGGCGGUGGGUCGCGGCGCUGGAGGCGUGCAGCCGGUCGGUGUCAGCCGAGGUGCUGCGGCUGGCGGCCGCGCGCUCCCUGCAGACGGCGGGCAUGGAAGUGCUGCGGCGGUCCCUGGGGGCUGCCCACCCCUGGCUCGUCCCUGUGGCGCUGCGGGUGAUAAGUGUGGGCAUUCACCUCCUGCAAGAUGAGGAGCAAGAAGUCCAGCACGAGGCCUCGGGUUUCGCCAGCCUCGUGCAGCACAGCACAGGGGAGCCGGGCGGAGACGGCUGCGUGCAGGGCAACGUGGGGCUGCUGGGCCUCCUGCAGCUCCUCCCGCGGGAGUUCGGGCAUCACCCAGAGACCUUCGGCUCUCUGCUGCAGCACCUGCCUGUCCUCAACCUCAGGGGCAUCGUGGAGGAGCUGGAGAACAACAAAGCCCCCAGCCUGUACAAGGAGGACGAACCCAACGUUUUUGCGGAGCCGGCCGUCCUGGCGCAGCAGCUGCUCCCCUUCCUGCUGCAGCUCCUGGAGAAGGUGCCUGAUGCCAGCCCACUCCACGCCUCAGCUCUGCGCUGGCUGGAGGCUGCGGGCCCUGGAGUCCUGCAGGACCUGCGGUACUGCAAGCACCUCUGGAGCCAAGAGGCCGUCUCACGCUGGUGGAUGAAGGCUCUGGGCUGUGCCAAGCUGCGGGCGGCCCUGGACGUGCUGCUGGUGAGGGCCAGGCUGGCGGCCCACGCGCUGCGAGUGCUGGGCGAGAGCCACGGGGCCGGGCUGGGGCUGGGCUGCAGUGCCCAGGAGCUGGAGCAGGAGCUGGCGCUGGUGCAGGGGCUGCUGGCACAGCACGGGCUGGCCCCCGCACCCAGCCAGGGCGAUGCGCCGAGGGAGCCGGGAUCGCCGCCUGGGAACGACUGAUGGCUCCGGGCAUGGAGCAGCGUCACACUAAGCCUCUGGCUCUCGCUGCUGAGUCCCCACGUUUUUUGGGUGCUCUCCACAGCCAGGCAGCAGGUUCAGUGGUGGAACUCAGGGAGCCCCACUCGCCGUGCGGGACGUGCUCGCUUUGGAUGCAGCAGCACGUGCUGGUGGCAGGAGCAGGGCAGGUGUUGGCUCUUCGGUUCACACGGGCCGGUAGCUCUGCAUCCCGGUGGCACAGCAUCACCGCACCGUGCCUGCUCCCUGCAGCAUUCCCUGCCCUCGGGCCGGGCCGGGAGGACAGGACACACACAACCUGGUCCCAUCCUGGACAUCCACCGCCUAUUUUCAGCCAGGCUUUUAGCUCUUUUUUUUGGUGAUUUUUAUCCCAAAUAAAGAAGCCCA